AUGCCGCCCCCUGUGCUUUCAGAAUGCGUCCUGGAGGAGGAGGAAGACCAGCAGCAGCAGCAGCAGCAGCUCGAUGAGCCUGUACCCUUAAUGAGUGGGGCGUUGCUGCGCCGCAGACAGAGAGGACCCCCUGCCUCAGCAGCAGCAGCAGAAGCAGCAGCAGCAGAUCCCGCAUCGUCAGCAUUCCUAGGUAACAGCAGCAGCAGCAGCAGCAGCAGCAGCGUAUCUGGAAGUUGGGGGGAUUGGCCUUCGCGGCAGCAGCAGCGCCGGACGCAGCAGCAGCAGCAACAGCAGCAGCAGGAAGACGGUAAGAUAUUGCUGCCGUAUAGGGUAUUAGCAGCAGCAGAUACUGCGCAGCAGAGCAGGGCGUUUGGCUUGCCUUUGCCUUCUCUUAGUUCUGCGGCAGCAGAUGCAGCAGCAGCAGCAGCAGCAGCACAAGCUGCACAGGGUGCAGCAGCGGAGUCCCCUUCUGCUGCUGCUGCUGCUGCAUUUUUGUCUCCUGGUGCUGCACCUCCUCCGUACGUGUGCUGCUUGGGGGGGGCUAGCAGCAGCAGCAAGCUGGGUCGUCUGCAGCAGCAUCAGCAGCAGCAGCAGCCGUUUGCUGCUGCUGCGCUGCUGCGGUGCGUGCGCUGGCUACAGGGUGUCUCCUUCUGGGGGUUUUCAGGCGUCUCUUCGUGUGGGGUUGGUCUUGAAGCAGCAAUUGCAUUUCUUAUGAAUUGUAUGCAAGAGACAUUUGCUGCUGAGUUGCUGCUGCCGCAAGGUGCUGCUGCAUUCGGGGGCCCCGCUACACUGGAGCUGCAGCGGCUGCUGCGCCAUCCUGCUGCUGCUGCUGCACCUCACAAGCUGUUGUCUUUUCUGCUCCCCAAGGCAGCAAUGAAGACCCUCCAGGCUGCGCUGCUGCUGCUGCUGCCAUCGCAGCAGCAGCAGCAGCGCAGUAAAUGCGGGGCGCUCACGCUAGCGCUAGGGCCCCCGUGUGGCUUGCUGCUGCAGAAGCAGCAGCAGCAGCAGCAGCAGCAGUUCCAGUUGGGGUUCUCGUCGCUGCAGCAGCAACAGAUGUCGCGUAUAAGGAGACAACCCACCACUCUUUUUAUUGCUGAUGGCUGCAGCAGCAAAAGAAGCCGGCAGGUUGAUAGCGGGGGAUGUGUUGCUUUGACUGCUGCUCCUCUUGCUGUUGCUGCUGCUGCUGCUGGGACCGGACAGCAGCAGCAGCAGCAGAUGUACGAACAAGUGCUGCUCGGCAGCGCCCCACACGACCCUUUGGUGCUGCACUCCGGGGAGGCGGAUUCCUUAGCGGAGUUGCUGCUGGAGCCGCAACCGGAGCAGCAGCAGCAGCAGCAACAUAGCAGCAGCAGCAGCAGCAGCGAGUGCCGCAGCGUCUGCUGCGCGCUGUUUCUAUACGAAGAAAGCCACGCCCGUGGUGAUAGCGAUUUGUCUCCUCGUUUGCUGCUGUCUUACUCAGACGGCUUGCUGCAGCUGCUGCAGCGGAGGCAGCCCUCUGCUGCUGCUGCAGCAGCAGCAGCUUGGUGGGGCAACAGCAGCAGCAGCAGCAGCAGCAGCAGCUGGGGUGGAGUUACACCUGAUGGCAAGGAGUGGUUUGAAGUGUGGCGCGACUGGCUGAGUUCCCCCCUUGAGGGCCUCUUCUUGCUGCCUGUCUCCAGCAGCAGCAGCAGCAGCAGCAGCAGCUGGGGUGUCUGCGCACCUCUGGUGUGUGGAUACAGCGCAGCAGGAGUCACGGUCUUCUCUCCGCUCAGCGCGGGGUGUAUAUACAGCUUACCUUCUUGCUGCUGCACCUCUGCCUUUUCUCUCUUUGGGGGUUUGGAGUACUUAACCGGGCAUCGACAAGUUGCUGCUGCUGCUGCUGCUCCCAGCUUCAGCAGCAGCAGCAGCAGCCGCAGCAGCAGCUGCAUCGCCGUGCUUAGUAGGAGGGGGCUUCUGGUGCUGCAGCAGCUGCAGCUCCGCCCUGAGGCAGCUUUGCUGCUGGGGGGGCCCCCCGUGUCUCUCUCUGCUGUCUGUCGGGUCCCGCUUGCUGCAGCAGCAGCAGCAGCGCUGCAGAAAGGCAGCCGGGUGUACAUGCAGCGCUGUGAAGGUCUGCGCUGUCUACUGCUGGGGGUACAGGGCAGCAGCAGCAUCUUCUUGAUUGGGUUCUCUGCUGCUGAAGACUGCAGCAGCAGCAGCAGCAGCAGCAGCGGCUUCUUUGCCGCUGCAGCAACAACGCUUGCUGCCGUUUCCCGAAGUUUGCUGCUGCCUUUCUUGCCUGCUGCAUCUUCUAGGCAUCCCUACCACCUGCAGCAACAACAACAACAGCAGCAGCAGCAGCAGCAGCAGGAGCAGCUGGUUGGCUUUUGCAUAGCAUGGCAGCUGCCGCGAUCAGUCCGCAUCGCUCCCCCAGCAGCAGCAGCAACUGCUGCUGCUGCUGCUGCUGCUGGCGGUGUGCAGCAGCAGCAGGUAGGAGAUCUUGAAUGCCUUGCGGUAGUGGAAGACGUCACCCGAGGCCUUUGUUUUGUUGCUGUUGCUGCUUCAGUCUGCCCUGAAGUGCUGCUGUUCUGCUGCACCUUCCCUCCGACGCCGCAGCAGCAGCUGCCGCUGCAGCAGCAACAGCAGCAGCAGCAGCAACAGCAGCAGCAGCUCUUCGGUGGGGUUGACCUCUGGAGAGGCAGCGCAUCGCUUCGGUAUCGCCUUAAACCUCCAGUAGCAGGCUGGCGCGUAGCAGGAAUGACUGUCUUGAACGACAGCAGCAGCAGCAGCAGCAGCAGCAGCAGCAGGCCUCUGCUGGUGGCAGUGCGUUGGGGUUUGCUGUGUGCAGCGGGAGAGACGUCUGUUAAGCGUGAGACAGAGCUGCUUCCUGCUGCAGUUUGUCUCUAUGCUCUUUCAACGGUAGGGGGGUCUCCCUCUCUUUAUAUGUGGGGUCCAGCAGCAGCUCCGUCUCUUACAGGUUGCUUCCUUCGAAACCAGCAGCAGCUGCAGCAGCUGCAGCAGCAGAAGCAGCAGCAGCAGCAACUGCUGCAGCAGUCGGGCCUGUACUCCACCGCCGACACCAGCGCAGCAGCAGCAGUGGCUGCUGCACGUGGGGACCCCUUGCUGCUGCAGCAAAGCAGCAAGUUGCCGCUGCUAGGCAGCAGCAGCAGCAGCAGCAGCAGCAACCUGCUGCUGCCCAACGUAGGCGGGGAUCUUUCAUGGAGUAGGAGGGGCCUCGGGGCCUCGCGGGGGCCCCUGAACGAUUCCCUUGGGUGGGGGGUGCUUGGAGGAGGGGGCUCUGCUUCUCUGCUGCUGCAGCAGCAGCAGCAGCAGCAGCAACCUCAGCUGCCUCACCAGCCGCUGCUGCAGCAGCAGCCAUGGGACUCAACCGCCAAUCUGGGGCUUCUGGGGUUGAGCAGCAGCACCGCCGCUGCUCUUGAAAACGUAAGGAAGCAGCAGCAGCAGCAACAGCAGCAGCAGCAGCAGCAGUGGCUAGGGAUGCACCGCCUUGGAUACCAGCACCGUUUGCUGCUGCACCAGCAGCAGGAAGAUCAGCUGCGGCAGUGGCAGCGCCGUAGGGCGCAGCAACAGCUGCUGCAGCAGCUGCAGCAGCAGCAGCAGCUGCAGCAGCAAGCCGAUGCCUUCCCGUUGGGUGGUGGGGGGCCCGACUUGGAGCUGUUCCCUCCCUACAACUCAACAGCAGCAGCAGCAGCAGCAGCAGCAGGGCCCCUGGGGGGCCCCUGGGGGCCCCUACCCUCUUCUUCCUUUCCGCUCAGGCGACCGCUGCUUCCUAUCAGGCGCGAGGAGCCGUACCAGCAGCUGCCUUUGCUGCAGCAGCAGAAGCAGCUGCAGCAGCAGCAGCAGCAGCAGCGCGGGAGUCGCUGGGGCGGUUCUGCUGCUGCAACAAUAUAUGGGAGAGCUGCUGAGCCCCUGUGGGCCCCAAGCAGACACUACAGAAGCAAUAGAGCUGCCUAUACACUCGACGGGGGGUUGCUGCCGAUGCAGCAAGACCUCCCUUUGGCUUCUUUUUGA